GAGAGUCAAUCUAUGAUUUUUGGGUCGUCUGGUAACAUCUAAUUGCCGCAAAAGUCGUGCCGUACUUUGGCCUAGAGAUUCAAUGGAAGUUCGUGAGAAGGAAAAACUGUCAAAAUCAGACCCAGAGUUACGUUUGAUUUUGUAGGAGGAUUCAUAAUCGAUGGAGAAAUGGCAUCAGGGAAUUCACCCUCGUCUCUCAUUGCAUCAAAAGAAUCCUCUUUACCAUCCUCAUCAUCUCUGCCUUCAACUUCAUCAUCACAAUCACCCACCUCGCCGAUAGUAACACAACCACAGACACCAUGUCCUCCCCGGGUAGCCAUGAAAACGGACGACUUGAUAUCCCCCCAGCCAAUAAAUAUCUUUGGACAAGUGACAGACUUCCUAGAUCGUCAUUUACAAGCUCUUAGAAUUUGUGUAGCUCUGCUUGGGGUGACUGGCAUUGUAAUUAUUGGCAGAAGCAUUCGAGUGAUGAAAACAUUCCGUGCUGCAGCUGACAUACCAGAAGAAUUUAUCAGGAAGCAGAUGACCCUGAGAGGAAAGGUCAGAGGUCACCAAGAUCACCAACUCUUGGUAGAACAUCUUCCUAUCAUCCGAGGGAUGAUGGCCGGAACAAAGAAAGGAAAAAGAGAUUCAUUUCUGCCUGUGUGUCUGGCAGGAGUCCAUGUUUCUGAGGGUGGCUUGACUCACCUAGUCACCAUGACUCCUGUUGCCUCCCUGAUCAGGUUUAGACUGCUUGCUGUGAACGAGGCACGGCAACUGGAAUGCAUCGUCACAAGGAGAAAGAACUUUGUAUCUUCACUGAUGGUGAACGAGUCCUUGGUGAGGCAAGGGUUUGCUCGCGUUAAACCAGCCCAUCCGUCAGUUGCGCUCCACCCAACAACCCUCCGACUGAUCCAAAGACUGUCCAAGGCAGAGCUCCACGCUGAGAAGAAGGCCAAGGGGAUCUGGGCCAAGCCCCCUCUCAGGGAGAGAAUGAAUGAGAGAGCUCGAGAGAUGAAGGAUGGGUUGAAGGAGAGGUUGGUGUCCACCAUGACGCCUUUCACUGUGGGCAUGAAUGCCAUCAAGGCAGCAGGGGCGAGGGUAGGUGCAAUCAUCAGAUGGCCCAAAAAGAGAUCAAAGAAUGGUUGA